CUGAAGAAUUUGAACGUGUCGAAUAAUCGAAUCGCAUCGUUGCCAUCAGCGAAUACAGUGAUCGAUAUGAAUCAUUUGCAGUUGUUACGUGCUGCAAGCAAUGAUCUUGAUGAGUCAGUGAUAUCCACUGUNGUGUCAUGCCGUCGGCUGAGACUUAUUGAUCUCUCAUAUAAUCAACUCAGGUUUUUCGACGAUAGGUUUGUUCUCGCUUCACCUCCCGACGUUCCAGUAUUAUCGCGAUUCUCAGCCGUAUAG